AUGGAUUCGAGGGUAUCUGAAAAGAAGAAACGAGGAAAGAGAAAAAAUACAUAUAGCAGAAAAGGUUGUAUCGUAUGCAAACUGCGUAAGCUUAAGUGUGACGAGAGUUUCCCCCGAUGCUUGAACUGCUUGAAAGGUUCUAGAGAUUGCUCCUACAAACAGAUUGCCAAGUUUAGCAAAUCAAGAUCAUUCACAAUCGAUGACGAUAUAACGAAUCCUGAAAACAAUAAUGAUCACAAUAAAGCAUUUGAAUCAACAGCUGUAUGUAUACAGAAAGCUGAUAACUUAUUAGGGAGUGCUGUCAGCGACCCUGUGAUUUCAGCUAUUCCUCACGGGGAAGGAAACAAGUCUCUUCAUGAUACAUCUUCAGACUUUACAACUUCUAGCGACCAAAACGGGCUCAUGCCCCAAGAGCAUAACUUAAAUCACAAUAGUAAAACUAAUUUCUGUUUAGCAAGUCUGUUUGGGGAUGAUCUUGAAUUUGACAAGAUUUUGAUGGAUGACGCUACUUCGUUGACACAGGGUUUAAAUGACUACGGUAAUUUUGAAUUUGACCAAUUUUCGAUUAAUGUGCCCCCUAAUUUAUCUAUAAUAAGUAAGGCUAAGUACUCGAGUGUUCAGAAAGAUUCCCAUCGAGGUGAUAAAACCGAUAUAAGGAUUCAACAGUUGAUUUCAUCAUACGAUUUGAUAGAUGUCCAUAAAAAUUACAUUCGCUUAUUCAAAGACAAAUAUUCCCUUUGGAUAAUGCCGCUCUGUUCUGAGUCCAAAAACAUAUGUGCUCAAAUAUUAUUGGCCCAGGCGCUUGACUUUCCUUUUUUAUUAUAUGCUAUCUUAUCUAUUACGGCUCGCUACGAGAACUUCUUGAGCGAAAACUCAGAAGACGAACAAUUUCUGAAGUUUUACUUCUUCCAAUGCUGUGAACAAUUUGCAAGAAUUUUUGAAGAUAAAGAACACAUAUCAGGUUAUAUUGAACCCCUUAUUUUGACUACAUUGUUACUUGUUACUGAUGCUGCCGCCUUUAUAAAUGGAGAUUGGAGAGCACAUUUAAAGGCUGCUCAUAGCUUAUUGAGUAAAUAUGUUGAUGCAUACAAAAAAACUAGCUCUGUUAUCGUACUCUCUAGAUCAUGGUUUGCGAUCUUGGAAAUAUUAGCUAUUGCUGCAAAUCCUUCAGGGGGCGCAAUAACUUCGCAGGGAGGUCUUGAGAUGAUAUCUAAUAUACUGUUUGGUUCAAAAGAUACCAAAUUGGCUAUUGAAAUGGGACUUCUUUUGCCAAAUGGAUAUAGCAUCUCUUUGGGGUAUACUAGAGAAGCUGUUGAUAUGUUUAUCACAUUUGUCAGGAUUACUCUUAGGCUAAAGGAAAAUAAAGUACAAAAGGUUUCAGCGGAUGAUCUUUUAGCUCUUAUGGGCCAAAUUGAAAUAGCAAAAAAGUCCUAUUUUGCUACUGACAAUUGCUUAAUUCCUGAAAAUCAUGCAUACCAUCCUAAUAAUGCGACAGGAAUGCUCUUUCCACCUUCAACAUACUCCUGGAUGGGAAAUAAUGUCUUUUCCUGGUUUGAUAUAUCUCAUAAGGUGCACGUUCAGGCCCUUUACCUUAAGGUUUUGGUCGAUGAAAGUUUCCUCAAUAUACCCAUUGAGUCACCUAUUGUCCAAGACGUAGUGGCGGAAAUCCUUAGUUACUGCCAUUUUUUUCGAAGAAUAAAUUUUACGGAUAGUCAUUUUUCUUUAAAAAAACAGCUAGAAUCAACUAGAGGAGAUGAAUUUUGGCAAGAUCACCGAUUAAUAAACUGCCAUUGGCCACUUCUUACAUGCGGCCUUUGUUGUCUAAAUAGGAUAGACAAAUUGAAAAUUGAGUUUUACUUUUGCAUUAUGAUUCAGAUGGGCGCUAGAUCAUUUGAGAGGUCUUUUGAAAAUGUCAAAAACAAAUGGAACGGCGUUACAGAACUCUCAGACUGUGUCCCUUUCUGUUAA